GCGUGAAGAGGGUGCUUUUUUCUGGUAUGUCGGGCUCAAGUCAAGUCAGUUUAGUUUCAUUUUAACUGCAUGAUAGCCCGUACACCGCGAAAGACUGACCGACAUGCAGUAACAUUUAGCGGAUAGUUUUUGAGGUCGGAAGUGGAAUGAUCUUUUAUCGUUUUUAGUUUAAUCCCUCUUUUUAGCAACUCUAAUGUGCUAACCGCUAGCUGCUAAGCGGUGUUUGCUAACGGAAAUCACAUCUACAUUUCUUGGAAAACUCAAGCAUGGCAGAUGAAAAUACACAGUUUUGUGGAAACUGCAAACAUGACAUUCCUGAAGCAAACUUUACUACUCACGAGAUCCACUGUCACCGGAACAUUGCUCUGUGUGACGUGUGCCAGGAGCCUGUUCCCCGGUCAGACCUGCACAGCCACAAGCAACAGGAGCACUCCCAGAUUUUGUGCAAGUGUGGCCUGAAGAUUGAUAAAAAGCUCUUUGACGUCCAUCAGACCGCUGAAUGUCCUCAGCGUCUGGUGCCGUGCCCAUACUGCGACCUGGAGCUAGUCUUCAGCCAGUCUAAAGAACACGAGGAGUACUGCGGCACUCGCACAGAGCCCUGUCCACGAUGCAGGUGCAAUGUGAUGCUGAGGGAUCAGGCCAUCCACCCUUUUCUCUGUGGCAACCUCACCCCUCCCCAGGAGAGGAACAACAGCAGGGCCAGCCCCCCUCCAGGAGAACCCCAGCUCCCUGCAUCCUGGUUUGAAUCACACUCCAUCCGGAAUCACCUGCGCGCUCAGGACCGAGGUCCCAAGAACAACAACAUCAGUGCAGCUGAGAACGUCAACAGAUAUGCUCCUCCUGACUGGAAGAACUCUGCUCCAAGGAAUAUGUUGAACCACCUGCUGGAGAACAGUGACUUUGAAUCUCACAGCAGCAGGCUCUGGCUCCAACAGAACGUACUGGAUGAGGACUCCUCUGGUCUGGACUACAUGCUGGCCCUUAGCCUCCAGAGCGACAGUGAGGCAGGAGGAGCUGGAGGGGCUGGAGUGGGACAGCCCAGCCCCUGGAGCUCCAUCUGGGAUCAGAGACCAGCCAGCACCUCAGACAGCUCUCCCACUAUCUGCAGCUCCUCCACAGCAGGAGGGGGGCCGGACCAGGGCUCAGCAGAGAUCAUGCUGCCCUGUGAAUUCUGUGAGGAGCUGUUUCCUGAAGAGGACCUCAUCUUGCACCAGACUGGCUGCAGUCCAGCCUCCGCCUUUGCCUCCUUCAGUAAACAUGGCUCUUCUCCUCCCAGAGAGGACAGGACGCCUCAGGACAACCCCGGAUUUGUCUUCAAAAGCCUGAGUCAACCCAACCGUCUGACCUCCAUGUUCUCCUCAUUCCCCGAGUACCCCCGGCCGCUGUCCCCGUCCUACAGCCCCCCUGCCAGCCCACUAGAGGGAGACAUUCUUAUUCCCUGUGAGUUCUGUGGAGUCGCCCUAGAGGAGGCUGUGGUCUUUCAUCAUCAGGAUAAAUGUGACAUGCGGCCUCAGGCAUCUCUCCAACUGAAUAAUAUGACAACAUCUAAUAAGAAACCACUGAACUCUUCUAAGGACAUGGCCCUCAAAUCUCCAGACUCUUCUAGAAGGAUAAAACACCAAGCAGACGUACCGGAUGAGUUUUUCCAAUUUGAUGAGGACACAUCAGCAGAGCCCAGUGUGUGGCCUCCUCACAGAGCGCACAGACACAGAAAACCCUCCAACAGUGACCAGGCUCUUUGCGAAGGAGAUAUGAGCGUGGGAGCUGUAUCUCAAAGGGGGCGAGCAGAAAAUAAAGAGGGGUGGGACAACCGAAGGAAUCACGCAACAAAGUUGCCCAAGAAGCAGAAUGAAAAGCCACAGAGCGAGUGAGCUGGACUCAACUAAACUUUUUAUAUAAACCUUUGCCCCAUUUAAAAAGUAUAACGCCCCCCAUUCUAAAGAAGUGCCUGCAUUAUUGUCCUAAUUACAGUGGACAUCAGAUCACACACACAUUCAUCUUGUAUCUGUGUAUUUUUAAUAAGCACGCCACCAUUUACCAAAAUGGUUGCCAGCCUAAAAUGACUGGGAUUGAAGCUUUCAUUCCUU